AUGGUUCGCCCAUUCACGCCGUCUCUUCGAGCUCUACGCAAUGUUAGACCUCGACCACUUUCGUCUCUGUCGCAGCAGAGGCUGUUUGGCGCUUCUGCCCGGUGCCUAGCAAAUGAGAAACAGGCGUCAUUCAAGAGCCAGCUCUACGAGAGCACCCAGCAGCGGCUCAAGCGCGAGCGGGCCGAACAGGAGCGGUUCGCCCAGUACCAGCCUCAGUCAGCAGGGGGUCGCUAUGCCGCUUUAGUGUUUGCUUUGGUCUUUUUCUCAACCGGUGCAUACUACCUUGGCUCCCUCAAGCCUGCCUCUCUUCCCAAAACUUCGACCACCACCCUCGCAGAUCUCGAUCGCCCCAGACACAAUGUAUCCCCGCAAAAGAAUGUUUCCACUUCGCCGGGAGAUGUGGAAACGCACUCCGGAUCCGACUGGUCGUCUUAUACCCGCAAAGAUGACGAGAAGCCAUUCCUGGUUCUCUACCCCUCGACCACCGAGGAGGUUUCCCGCAUCAUGAAAGUCUGUCACCAGCGAGUGAUUCCAGUCACCCCCUACUCUGGUGGCACAAGCUUGGAAGGUCACUUUGCAUCCACACGUGGUGGGGUAUGCAUUGACUUCCGUCGCAUGGACCGGGUCUUGAGCCUUCACAAGGAUGAUUUGGACGUGGUCGUUCAGCCGGCCGUGGGCUGGGAAGACUUGAACCAGGAGCUGGCCAAGGAUGGCCUUUUCUUUCCCCCAGACCCGGGCCCUGGAGCUAUGAUUGGCGGCAUGGUGGGCACUGGCUGCUCGGGAACCAAUGCUUACCGCUACGGCACAAUGCGUGAGUGGGUUUUGUCCUUGACCGUAGUCCUUGCCGAUGGAACCGUCAUUCGAACUCGCCAGCGUCCGCGUAAGUCCAGCGCAGGAUACGACCUCAACAAACUCUUCAUUGGCAGUGAGGGUACUCUCGGUCUUGUAACUGAAGCAACGCUGAAGCUUACCGUGCGGCCUCAGAGCCAAAGCGUGGCCGUGGCCAGCUUCCCUACUAUUCAUGAUGCCGCUCACUGUGUCACACAAGUGGUGAAGGCUGGCAUCCCUGUCGCCGGCGUCGAGAUCCUGGAUGACGUCCAGAUGAAGUGCAUCAAUGCCAGCGAGAGCACGAGUCGUCAAUGGAAGGAGGCCCCCACCAUCUUCUUCAAAUUCACAGGGACGCCCGCAGCCGUGAAGGAGCAGAUUGACAUGGUGCAAAAGCUCGCCAAGAACGCCUCAGGCAAGUCCUUUGAGUUUGCUCGGGGCGAGGGGGAAAUUGAGGAAUUGUGGAGCGCGCGGAAGCAGGCCCUGUGGAGUGUGAUGGCCAUGCGUAGAAGCCCCUCUGAUCAUGUCUGGACCACCGACGUCGCGGUGCCAAUGAGCAAACUGCCUGACAUUAUCGAAGCCACCAAGGAGGAUAUGACCAAGAGCGGCCUGCUCGCCGGAAUCUGCGGUCACGUUGGCGAUGGUAACUUCCAUGCUAUUAUCCUGUUUAAUGACGGCGAGAGGAAAGUGGCUGAGGAUGUUGUCCACCGCAUGGUUAAGCGAGCCGUGGAAAUGGAAGGCACCGUGACCGGCGAGCACGGUGUUGGACUCGUCAAGCGAGAUUAUCUUGCACAUGAGCUGGGCGAAUCGACAGUGGAUGCGAUGCGUCGGUUGAAACUGGCAUUUGAUCCGCUCUGUUUGCUCAAUCCGGACAAGGUUGUUCGAACUCAGCAGCCAGCGCCGGGUGAGAUCAAGGCAUGGUAG